CCAACCACAUACGUCUGGUGCGGUGGUGCCUAAUUCUAGAGUCCAUGUAACUUAUCACCCUUUUUCUACAAUCAAACAUUUUUCAUGAGGGACAUGCCGGAAAACUCUACUCCAUUGAUAGCAAAUGCGGCCGGUGGUGGCAGUCAUGGCGGCGAUGAUAGGUGGUGGUGGUGGAAGAAGGUGGUGGAUUGGGAAGAGGCUAAGAUUCAGAUCUUAUUUUCCCUCCCAAUGAUACUAACCAACCUUGCUUAUUAUGCAAUACCAUUAGUAUCCGUCAUGUUUGCCGGCCACCUCGGAGAAGUGGAGCUCGCCGCGGCUAACCUUGCCAACUCGUGGGCCACCGUCACCGGAUUCUCCUUCAUGAUUGGUCUAAGUGGUGCACUGGAGACACUAUGUGGACAAGGAUUUGGAGCAAAGCUAUACAGAAUGUUAGGAAUAUAUCUACAAUCAUCUUGUUUGAUCUCCAUCUUCUUCUCCAUCCUCAUCUCAAUCCUUUGGUUCUUCACUGAACCUGUCCUCAUUUUUCUCCAACAAGAUCCUCAAAUCUCCAAAAUGGCUGCUCUCUACCUUAAACAUCUUGUCCCCAGUCUCUUCGCAUACGCGCUUUUACACAACAUACUAAGAUUUCUCCAAACGCAAUCCGUUGUAUACCCUUUAGUAUUGUGUUCCAUGAUCCCGUUGAUCCUCCAUACCGCCAUUACUUAUGUACUUGUGUAUCACACUUCUCUAGCUUUCGUUGGAGCUUCCGUGGCUGUUUCUGUUUCUCUGUGGAUCGCGGUACUUAUGUUGGCUGGAUACGCGCUUUUUAGCAGACAGUUUAAGGAAACAUGGCAAGGUUUUUCCAUGGAGUCAUUUGAUCAUGUUCUUGUUACACUAAAGCUUGCUCUUCCCUCUGCUGCUAUGGUUUGCUUAGAGUAUUGGGCCUUUGAGUUACUUGUGUUACUAGCAGGGGUUUUACCGGAUUCAGAAAUAACAACUUCCUUAAUUGCAAUGUGUGUAAAUACAGAAGCAAUUGCCUACAUGUUAACAUAUGGGCUCAGUGCUGCUGCAAGCACACGCGUGUCAAAUGAGCUGGGAGCUGGCAACAUCGAUAGAGCAAAACAUGCCAUGGCUGUGACACUAAAACUUUCUGUCAUCCUAGGACUUGUUGUCGUUUUAGCGUUGGGAUUUGGUCACGAUAUUUGGGCCAACUUUUUUAGUGAUAGUCACACGAUCAUUACGAAAUACGCAUCCAUGACUCCCCUGUUGAUGAUCUCCAUUGUUCUUGAUUCUAUCCAAGGAGUCUUAUCAGGGGUGGCAAGGGGAUGCGGUUGGCAACAUCUGGCCGUGUACAUCAACUUAGCAAUGUUUUAUCUCAUUGGCAUGCCGGUUGCAGUUGCCCUAGCGUUUCUGCUAAAACUAUAUGCAAAGGGGUUGUGGAUUGGUUUGAUAUGUGGUCUCUCUUGUCAAACUGGUAGCCUUCUACUACUCGUGUAUCUCAACAAGUGGACGCGAGCAGAACUCAAUGGUGGCAAAAAUUUAGAGAACAUGCUUGUAGUUUAACCAAACAUGUGUUUUUUAGUAAACCAAAAAUAAAAAAGAAUGUAGGGACUCAUGUUUUGCUCUAUAUAUGAAUUACAUUUAGCUAUUGAUUAA